AUGCAGAGCGUGUCACUGUGGGCGCUUGCGCUCUUGGUGCUGUGCGCGACUGUGCAUGCCAUCAAGUUUGAACUGGAGUCAAGUCGGCAUCCCAAGCCGCUGUGCAUCUGGAACUAUGCGCUGGCAGACACACUCGCGAUUAUCUCUAUCAAUGUGGUCCCGCGCGACGAACGUACGGCAGCAGACCAGAGCAUCAAUGUGAAGGUCGUCGACCGCACCCACCACAAUAUCUACCUGAACAAGAUGAACCUCGUUGGUGAGACGCGACUUGCCAUCAAUACGCACCAUGAUGCGGAUCUUGGCGUGUGUAUUUUGAACAGUGGCAAGCGCGACCACCUAAUAAGCGAUAUUGACCUGGACAUGCACCUCGGUGGCGAGGCCAUUGACUACAAUGCGAUUGCCAAUCAGGAGUCGCUUUCAGGCAUGGAGACGGAGCUCCGUAAGCUCUCGGAGAUCGCCGACGAAAUCCUCGAAGAAAUGGAGUACCUCAAGCUCCGUGAGAUACGCAUGAGCGAUACACAAAUGUCCACUCUUCGUCGAGUGCAUGGCCUCUCGUGGCUCUUUAUUCUCGUCAUCAUUGCGCUGGGCGCGUGGCAGGUGCACCAUCUGCAUGGCUAUUUUAAGCGCAAAUAUCUCAUCGACUAG